CCCCGGACCAGCAGCUGCAGUUAGCAUUAGCAUCCAGUAACUGAGAGAGAGAGAGAGCGAGUGUGUGACGGAGGACGCUGCGAUGGUAAAGUUUAGAAACACGGAGCCUCGUCUCGACUAGACGCCGGGGCGACGUCCGCUGAAUCCCGGGGCGGUCGUGGAGACCAUGAGCCGUGGCUGGAGCCGAUAAUCCCCCCCCCCCCCGUGGUUCGACUUCUUUUUCGGGGCUUCAGAUGUGCGGAAAGUCGCUCGGUGUCUCCUGGUCGUUGAACAACAAGAUGGCAGCAGCAGCAGCAUCGGUGCAGGAUUUGUCGGUGGUGCGGCGCCUCGUUGCUGGUCUGUUCCUCGACUCUCCGGGUGACAUUCACUGGUUUUACUGAAGGCAUGGCCUCACAAGUCUUGGUUUACCCACCACACCUGCACUCCGCUCAUACAAGUGCCUUAGGAACCAGCAGAAGUGCUACCAGCAGAGACACAGGCGAAGGCCACCACCGUAAUAACACCAGCAGAACCUUUCAGCAGCGACCCCCACCCAAGACCUACGUGAUAGGGGUCAACUACGGAAUUGCCUAUCCCAACAACGUUCUCCCGUCCGCAGCCGGUGCUGCUUCAGGAAGACGACACAGGGGAGUGCAGCUCGAAGCACGAGAGGAGUGGACAGGAUUACAAAGAGAGGAGAGUUUUGAGAGACAAGGAGCAGGUCCAGCUGGGAUCCAUAGCAGAGGCCCACAGGAAGGGAGGCCUUGGGGGGACAGUGGUGGAACUCCCUCAGCAGGAGUAGGUCUGGAUUGUGGGCUACUGAGGAGGGGGUGUAUCAGAGCAGAGGAGGAAGCGGGCGGAAACAGGAGAGUACGAACCAGAGGGGGGUAUGUUAGUCUUGUAGACACUGCCCAUGGAUGUGAACAAUACAAGGCAGGUGUAAGUGGAGAACAACCGCAGGAGAACAGCUGCACUGGAACGAUGCAGAUAGUGGAGGAGGUAUCUGCUCUACCUUCCCAUCCUCCCACUGUGGCAAUGUUGCAAACCAGCACUGGGAAUAAUGGCGACAGUGUCAGAGUAGGGGGCAAAGGCACAAUGCCUCCCCAACACAGCAAGGUGGAUGGAGUGGCAGACAUGGGAAUCGGGGUAAACAAGGCCGAAGUGAAGCCUAACGCUGGUACUGAGGCGGUGGCAGGAGCGACAGUGACCAGAACUGGAUCCGGAGACGGGGACUAUCAGUUAGUCCAGCACGAGGUCCUGUGCUCCUUGAAGAACAGCUAUGAGGUGUUGGAGUUUCUCGGACGUGGCACCUUCGGUCAGGUGGUGAAGGGCUGGAAGAGGGGAACGAAUGAAGUGGUGGCUAUAAAAAUACUGAAGAACCAUCCCUCCUAUGCACGUCAGGGACAGAUCGAGGUGGAGAUCCUGGCCCGGUUGAGCAACGAGAAUGCAGAUGAGCAUAACGUGGUGCGUGCUCUGGAGUGCUUUCAGCACCGCAGCCACACCUGCCUGGUGUUUGAGAUGCUGGAGCAGAAUCUCUACGACUUCCUCAAACAGAACAAGUUCAGCCCACUGCCGCUUAAAAUCAUCAGGCCUAUUCUGCAGCAGGUGGCAACAGCCUUAAAGAAGCUGAAGUCCCUGGGUUUGAUCCACGCUGACCUGAAGCCAGAGAACAUCAUGUUAGUGGAUCCCACCAGGCAACCUUACAGAGUGAAGGUCAUCGACUUCGGCUCAGCCAGCCACGUCUCCAAGGCUGUGUGCUCCACUUACCUGCAGUCCAGAUACUACAGGGCUCCGGAGAUUAUUUUGGGGCUGCCGUUCUGUGAGGCCAUUGACAUGUGGUCACUGGGCUGUGUGAUAGCCGAGCUCUUCUUGGGUUGGCCUCUCUACCCCGGAGCGCUGGAGUAUGACCAGAUCCGGUACAUCUCUCAGACUCAGGGCCUGCCUGCCGAGCAGCUGCUCAACAAGGGAACCAAGACGUCUCGCUUCUUCUCCAAAGAGUCGGACUCUCCCUACGCCUCCUGGAGACUCAAAACGACAGAGCAGCACGAGAAAGAGACGGGACUCAAAUCCAAAGAGGCCAGGAAGUACAUCUUCAGCUGCCUGGACGACGUGGCACAUGUGAACCUGGUGCUGAGUCCUGACAACUGUGACAUGCAGGCGGACAAGGUGGACCGGAGGGAGUUUGUGUCCCUGCUGAAGAGCAUGCUGCUGAUAGAUGCUGAGAACAGGACUGUUCCCACCGCUGUUCUCAAUCACCCGUUCCUCACGAUGACACAUCUGCUGGACUACCCACACAGUAACCAUGUGCAGUCGUCUUUCCGCAUCAUGGACAUGUGCCACGGCGGCCCCACCAACGCAGUCUUCGACGCUCUCAACCAGAACACCAUUCAUUUCUCCAGACCUCCUGUGGUGCCCGCCGGCUCCUCUGGCCUCCCACUGGGCUACAGCAACAUACCAGUCCACCCUCAGGCGCUAACCCAGUCGGGUCCCUCAGUGAUGCAUCCUGGGAUCGCUCUGACAGCUGGGAACGGGCAGUUUGGCUGCAGCGACUCGUUCCCACCCGCCCUCCUCCUGUGUCCCCCCCCCAUGCAAGGUAACCUUAAUCAACAAGCAGGGUAUUCUGUUCCAAUGGUAACUCAGGCCCCUCCCAUACAGCCCCUACCAGUGAGGCCUGGUGUCAUAGCUCAGCAGGCCUGGUCCAGCCGGGGGCAGCAGCUCCUUGUCCCAGCAGCCUGGCAGCAGAUGACUCCCGUGGGUCCUCCUCCCUCUCACCCGCCUCCACCACCUCCUUCCUCCUUAACCAACGACGCCACAGCCGGCCAUCAGAGGAUCAGCGACUGGGGGAAAGUACGUCCCCACGGCAACCACUACAGUUCAGUGAUUCAACAGCCUCUCCUGACCAAUCAGAUGACAGCUCUCUCUGCCCAUCAGCCAAUCAACAUCGGCAUAGCUCAUGUUGUGUGGCCCCAGCCGGCCAGUAAGAGGAACAGACACAGUCACAACAGGAACCUGUCCCACCACAAUAACCACAUGGCAGCGAGUCGGACCUCCAAGAUGGCUGAUGUUGUUGGACACGCAGUCUCAGGGAGAGGGCCGCCUCAGAGAGCGCCGCCUCGGGUGGAGACCAGGAAAGUGGAGGUUCAGAACACCGACGAGGAGGAAGAGGAGGCCGAGGAGGAAGUGAGCUGCUUCAGAGAGGUGGUGCCGGAAGGUAACAGACAGAUAGACCUGUCCAGUCAACAGCAGAGAGAUGUGGCCGUGCUGAUGGGUGACACGCCGAGUCCCGUGCACAGCGUGGUCAGCAUUCGCAGUGAGCUGACUGACGGAGAGGAGGAGGAUGAAGACCCACAGAGGUGCCUGAGAGAGUGCAAAGCGGAGUGUGCGUGUGAGGCCUGCAGAAACACCAGUGUGUCCAUGGAGAGAGUGUGUUCUCUGAGCAGCCCUGACAGCAGCCUGAGCACCAACUCCUACAACUCCAACUCCCUUCACUCCAGCCCCUCUGUCUCUCCCUGCAAGAGACCCAACAGCAUGUCUGAGGACGACGGACAUGAGAGUGGCUGUGACACAGUGGAAGGUUCCCCCACCUCCGACACAUCCAUCUCCCCACGUGGCAACAGCCACUACCGGUACCUUGAUAAUGGCAAUCACAUCAACCGCCCGGCUUUGACUUCCAUGGUAGCACCGCUGCCUACCCCUGCAGUGCAGGGCAGGAGUCCCCACGGUGUCCGGACCAUGGUGGUUCCACCAAUGAGAGUGCAGAACAACAACAGCUAUGGAACAGAGCAGCGUGUCCUGAGAACGGUCUCAGAGUCCUGGUCCCGGUCCAAAGGGCGCUGCAGUCUCAUAGGACAACACAACAGUCCCUCUUCUGCCCCCCUCCUCCCAGCCGGCCCCCUCCUGUCCAGGCAGCAAGCGGCCGCAGGGCAGCACCUGCCCCCUCUGGCCUUUGGACAGGUGCAGCCGUACGGUUCAAACCACAGCAGCAAAGAGUGGAACGGCAACUAUGGGCCUCUGCGACCUCAUGCCUACAUUCCCCCCACGGUCCACACACACACCUUCACUCACCUGCCGCACAGCAGCCCCACGCACAACUCCGCCGGCCCACACAACCACACCCAGGGCAUGGCCACACACACCCUGCUGUCCUACGGCCCUGGUGGGCCCCUCACCACCGCCCACCACCCCCAUCCCAUCCUGCCCUCUCGCCCUCCUCCCCCUCUCCUCCAGCACAGCUAUGGUCUCUCCCACCCACAAGGAGGCACUAUAGUUCACCAGGUAACCCUGGGCAUCAGCGCCCACCCCCACCACCAUGGACAUCCCGGGCACAGGCUCCUGCCCUCCCCGACCAUCCACCCGCACCACCAGCCCAGCUACGCCCACCUCCCCCACCAGUUCAAGCCUCCCUUUCCCCCUCCCCCUCCUCACCCCUACAUGGCCUCGCCAGCUGCCUACACCGGCUUCCCUCUGAGCCCCACCAAGCUCAGCCACCACCCACAGUUCUCCUAUAUCUGAGGUCCAGGGCGGGGCCGCAGCAGUUCCCCCUCGGGAGGAGGGGCCACGCAAAAUGGAGUGGGGCUGCGACCUGGGCAGGUAGAGCGAGCAGCCGAGCACAAAACGGACACUUUUGAUGACGAAGAUGAGAAUAUGGUUAAGAAGAAGAGGAUGGAAAAUUAUGUAUUUCAAAGGAUUUGGAGAUAAAAGAUGUUUUGUGAAGCCUCCUUCACGUGGAGGUUCACGUCACGAGUCCCAGACGACAGCGGAUCUGAUGGACUUCCUGCGAAAUCAGCAGAUUUCAGCCAUCGGAGGAAAACCGAUUUAAAACUGCAAAGCUUUAUAAAAGAGAACAUUACACGAGUGAAACGAUUCACACGUGAUGAUGAUGAUGAUGAUAAGGACCUGUUCAUUAAGAAUGUCCUUUGCACAUUACCUCCUGUCUUUGAGUGUUGCGUUGUGUUGUGAUCUAAUUAGAGGCUGGAAUUGGCUUGUUGUUGUCGUCGUGGGUGUGGGAUCGCUCCGCCCCCCCCCCCUUCCCUUUAUCUUUGUUGCCUUGUAGCACGUGCUCGCCGGUCAGAUCUGUUCGCCCUCCCAGUCGGUGUUAACCAGGACCCAACGCUCCUGUCUCUGUUUCAGGCAGACUUAGCUGCUGCCGCCUCCUAGUGCCUUAAAACCAGAGUCUACACGUGACUUCAGGAGCAUUUAUAGAUUGUACAUUUAAAUGGGCUUGCAGCACUAGGCUUGUGGUUGUUUAUUUUUAAAUAUUGGACUUUUGCUUUCUAACUCAAGAGUAUGGAUUUACUUUAGCUAGAGGCUGCACAUUUAGGGCUUUGACUGAAUGAGCUUUUUAAUGUACAUAGAGAGUGAUUUGAUAUUUUGAUAAUCGAUUUCUAUUCACUAUAGUACUUAAUUCAUAACAGUAUUGUCACUGUUUACUGUAACUGCAAUACAAUCUAGAUAGCCUCUGGGUUGCUGUGUUUUUAUUAUUUUAUGCAUUUUAAGGUUAGACUUGCAGUAAUGCAUCCUAUGUGUUAGAGUGUUUUCUUUGGGAGUGGCAUAGACUUAAAGAUAAUUAAGUUUUUAUCUUUUAAAUGCUUGUCAGUGUUUGAAAUAAUCAGCUUACAGUGUCACUGCUGGGCUAUUGAGUGUUAGAGGUGUAUUGGUAAUUGUUUAAAAAUAUUUGUGUGAGAUGAAUUUUGUCCAUGUAUUGAAGCCUGUUGUCAGUUUUGAUACAUUCCUUCAGGGUGGAUGCAUAGCCUUGAUUUGUGUGAGUGUGUGUGUGAGUGCGUGUGUGUUUGAUUUCUCGUGUGUAGUAGAGCUGCGUCUUUACCUGUCCUCAUAUCAACUGGUAUUUUACUCCAAUCAGCACCAAAGACUGUUCAUGAAUCAUUUCUGAAGCAUGGUCGAUACGAUUUCUCCCUGUCACCUCCGGCGUACUGUCGCAGUUUAAUCCACAUCGGAUUCUAUAUAUUGUGAGAUCUCUAUUUUACGAAGAAACCAAUGAGGUUGAGGUUUUUAUUUUUCUGAGCUAUGUUUGGCUAAUUGUAUUUGGAAUGUAUAGUUAUAGUAUAAUAAGCUGCUAUGUACUGAUUAUCCGCCACUUUUCGUAGCUGUGAAUUUAGAGGACUAAUCUCAUUCUAGCCUGCAACUCUCUCUCUUCUGCAUCGUAGUUCACGCGACUAUAUGAGAUGGAAGUGGGUUUUAUUUUGAUCCUAGAGUAUAUUGAAUGCUAUUCCUAUAUGCUAGUGCCUCUGUAUAUUGGCUUUGUUGUUUUGAAGUGAUUGUAAACUGCUGUAAUGGAAGUUAUGAGUUUUCUUUUUCUUUUUUAUUAUUCUGUUGCUUUUUGGUGUGUGUGUGUGUGUGUGUUAAUGUGUGUUUUUUUGUGUGUGUGUGUGUGUGUGUAUUUAGCAUCAGUAUUUCAAACGUAGGCUGGGUUUCAUUCUUUGAUUCUGUAACCGGUGUGUCGUUGACGUAUUAUUGUGUUUCACAUGUUGUCGUCCUCUGAUGACGCAGCUUUUUGUUUCUCCGUUAUCGGACUGUGAUGGCGACUCCUCGUACUGUACUGAACUUAGUGCCUUCCUUCGAGCCAGUGGCUGACGAGGGCGACGUCUCGCGUGGAUAUCAAAGCGGUUUCUGAAAUUCAUUGACUCAAUUCCUCCUGAAGGGGAAUCAGCUCCUGUUCUCACAUCAACAACAAAAACCCCAAAGUUGUUUGUUUGACAAAGAUGAGGAGGGAAAACAAACCUAAGAAAGUCAGGGAUUGUUUUUCUGUGCUCGACACCGACACCGUGCAGGGCUAAGAAACCCGGGGCCUGAAAAAAACACACAAGUACAGAGCUUUACUCUCACAACGUGAAUGUACUUGUGGACGUCGACACAUCUGCUUUUGGUUCCGCGGGUGAGUUGUUUGCAUUUCUAGUGGCUACACAAC